GUCCUUUUUCAGUAUGAUAUUGAGUUCUGUGUAGUUAAGUCGGAAUAUUUCGUAUAGUUCUCGUCGACUGUCGUGUGACAUUUGUUCUUCAAUUCAGAAACGCAUAUUGAAACACAGCGAUAAUACAAAUUACGAAUAUUCAAUAUAAAUAAUACCAAAAGGAAAAAUAAAAACAAAACAAAACCAAAAUCAAUUCAAAUUAAAAAUUCAAAUUCGCUUCAAAAAUAUAUAUUACAAAUAUAUAACAAAAAAAUUUAAUCAAAUCAAAUUCGCCACCAAAAAUCGCAAAACAAAGUUUACAAAAUUCGUUUACUCAAAAUCCCCUCCAAAACACAAACUACAACUAAUUCAAAAAACCCUUAAAAUAAAUUAUAAAAUAAAAUAUAUAUAACUGUUAAAUCUCGAACACAAAUUUUAAUUUGAUUUUUAGAAACGAGCAGAGAAAUCAUAGAGAAGGAAAGGAAGCUAGAGAAGAGAGAUAGACGCGUGUGUUUAAAUACUGGAAAAUACAGAUAAGAUAAAUUAUUAUAAACACUAAGCCAUACACACAUUAUAGCAGGCUAACAACCACCACACCGAAAAUACAUUCAAAUCAAUAAGUAACAAGUACAGAGAGAAGACAGCAGUUCAAGUGAAAAAAAAAAAACAAAAAACAAAAAACUUACAGAAAACAAAAGUGCUUAAAAGUAAUCAAAACAAAAACUUAGACAAAUAAACAACGGCCAUUUUCCGAGGAAGAAAACUUAAAGGCUUCCAGCAGAAUCGGUGAAAAUCGUUAACAAUUUUUUCUCGCAAAGGCGCCACGUCCAAGAGCAAAUCGUUCCAUAUGGUUCAUAUUAUUGAAUUGGUCGGCCAGCCGAAGGUUGAGUUUGCUCAACAAGUUACUGUAAGUUGCCAUCAUCCAUUAAUACCACCAGCCAUCAAAUUAAUGAACCGUGCUUUACAGCUGAAGCCAGCUGAAAAUGAAAGUCGCAGCGAGCAUUUAGAUCGCAAGCUGUUCGUUGGCAUGCUCAGCAAACAACAGACCGAAGACGAUGUUAGACAAAUCUUCCAUCCGUUCGGCACUAUAGAGGAGUGCACCAUACUUCGUGGCCCGGACGGUGCUAGUAAAGGCUGCGCUUUCGUCAAAUUUGGUUCGCAGCAGGAGGCCCAGUCAGCAAUAACCAACCUACACGGAAGUCAAACUAUGCCGGGUGCAUCCUCCAGCCUGGUCGUAAAAUACGCCGACACGGAGAAGGAGCGACAAAUAAGGCGCAUGCAGCAAAUGGCCGGUCACAUGAACCUACUGAAUCCGUUUGUCUUUAAUCAAUUCAGUCCGUACGGCGCCUACGCUCAGCAGCUUCCCUCUCCUCCGGAAUUGCAGCAACAGCAACAGGCCGCCUUGAUGGCCGCCGCUGCCACGGCACCCGGAUCCGCAGCCGCCUACAUGAACCCCAUGGCGGCUCUGGCAACGCAGAUACCUCAUGGCCUAAAUGGCACUGGACAGCCACCGUCGCUGCCCUCGCCGACCAUGCCCAAUUUCAACAUGGGCGCCAAUACGCCUAACGGACAGCCUGGCGGUGCAGCUGCAGCUGCUGCUGCGGCGGCUGCUGCGGACGGCGUCUUCACGAACGGCAUUCCACAAACGGCAUUCCCAGGACCCACUGAACUACUUCUUGCAGAUCCGCUGCACUUGACCAUACCGCCACAAGGUUUGCCAAACGGCGAUGCUGCUGCCCUGCAACAUGCCUUCCCUGGUCUGCCACCGUUUCCAGGAGUUGCCUUUCCCGCCGUCUAUGGACAGUUUCCACAAGCUUUACCACCUCCCCUAGCGGCGGUUGCACCCACUCAGCGUGAAGAUUUUCUGAUGUUCCCAGGAUGUUCGAUAUCCGGACCCGAGGGCUGCAAUCUCUUCAUCUACCAUUUGCCCCAAGAGUUUGGCGACGCCGAGUUAAUGCAAAUGUUCCUGCCCUUUGGCAAUGUGAUCAGCUCCAAGGUCUUCAUUGAUCGUGCUACAAACCAGAGCAAAUGUUUCGGUUUUGUUUCAUUCGAUAAUCCCGCCAGCGCUCAAGCGGCCAUUCAGGCCAUGAAUGGCUUCCAGAUUGGCAUGAAAAGACUGAAAGUUCAAUUGAAGCGGCCAAAGGAUGCCAGUCGACCCUAUUAACAAUCGGAGUUCCUUAAACGCAAUUUACAACAACCAACUGGAGCAACAACAUCAGCAACAGCCGCUUUGCCAACAACUAACGCAUUUUCCGCAGCCACGCCUACAUCGGGAAUAACCUCAGCAUCAGCAGCGACAACAGCAGCAGCAGCAGCAGCAGCAGCAGCAGCCGCAGCCCACUAUAAUAACCUUACCAACAGCUUUAGGCCAACUUUACCCCGAGAAAGUUCCAAUCACAAUGCCCAUAUGCCCUAUACAUUUGCCAGCUGGCGUAGCGGUACUUAUUGCUAUCGUAAUAGCAACAACAACAACAAUAACGACAACUGCAGCGACAACAAUAACAACAACAACAACAACAACAGAAAUGAUCCCGAGUCUCAGUCCCAUAACGAUCAACAAACCAAUACCAAUUGCUCCAAAGUUGAACUGGUCGAGAGACUAUUCAUGUGGCAGCAGCAGAAGCGAAAGGCCUAAAUAUGCAGCAACAACAACAUCAAACACAACAGCAACCACAACAACUGCAGCUACAAUAAGGAGCAACUAUUGAUGGGAUGGUCGUCAGCCAUGCUAUGUGAAAACGAUUAUAGAAAUUAAACACAUGCAAAGCGUAUGUAAAAAAAAAAA